CAUCAAUACUGUUCAUCAGUCAGUACCUCGGCCUCCCAUCUUUAAAAUCGAACCUAUAUCCUUGUAGAUACUCCUCCUUCAUUACAUGAAUAUCUUUAUUACUACACAGACUUUCCCAGAGACCCAAUAAAUAGACGUCAACUGAAGAUCAAUAAUUCAACCAUGACUACUGAGGCGAACAACAAGCCAGUGGCACCCAAGUUCGAGUGGGAUUUCGAUGUGCCAGACACCCCAUUCUGGCAGCAGUUGGAAUUUACUGUUGUCCGUAACUUCCUGACCUGCUACGGCCCUGAGGAGGUCGAGAACCUGCAUCUCGACGCAGCACUGGCCGUACCGGAUCGACUGCAGUAUCUGCUGUCGCAGCUAUCCUCUGAUCUCUCUGCGCGCGAAGCUGCAGCUGCGCCGCAGCAAUUGCACGUCGCGGAUCCAGAUGUCUGGCGACGCUUCAUGCUUGGCAUAGAGACAUUGCAGAAAUCUCUCGGCUUGCUGGUUGAGGAGGCUCAGACGAUUCACAAGAUGCUCUCUACCGCUGAAGGCAAUGCUCGGGUUCCAUGGUUAAACAUGUUGGCCGAUCUGGAUUUACGCAGAGGAGACUUCGUGGAAGCCGAAACCGUGUCCCGAGAAGUACUGCCAUGGAUGCAAACCCACGAAAAGCUGGGAGUAGACUCGCCACAGGCUUUUGGAACUACUAGGAUAAUUAUCGCGGCCGCAUGGAAACAAGGUGGAAGCAAACAGGACGAGGCACGUCAGCUGAUACAAGAAACCUUCGCGCUGAUCGACGGCAUGGGAGACAGCAGGUUUGCUAAAUAUCAAAAGGAAGAGCGGCAAUUACUGCAAGAACUCAAGGCCAAGCUGGAAGCUGGCAAAUAGUCUUGAAAAUAGUUGGUUUGCAAUUGAAAGACAGUGAUCAGCUGGUGCUCUCUGCCGGUAGAACAAAUAGGGGAAUUCGAGAACUCUUCUGACAAGUAUGUAUAGAUGACUGCGAUGUGAUUCAGUCUAGCAGUGAAGAUUUGUAUUCGCACUAAAUGGCAAACGUGGCCAC